GGCUGCUGGUCAACUCCUCCGCCAGCCGUGUAGCAUCCUCAGCAGCGCUGUUUCAAAAUCAACCACACCAUCAUCCCCACCACCACCUUCACCGUCACGAUUGAUUGACUAUUUGGAAAAACAGUUCGCGUGGGUGUGCUCGUUUCACUUGUUCGUGCACUGGCGGCUCGUUUCGAGGAUGGCCGAGAGCGAGGCAGACACGCCGAGCACGCCGAUUGAGUUUGAGAGCAAAUACUUCGAGUUUGAUGGAGUGCGGCUGCCGCCCUUCUGCAGGGGGAAGAUGGAGGAGAUCGCCAACUUCUCCCUCAGAAGUAGCGACAUUUGGAUUGUCACCUACCCAAAGUCAGGCACCAGUGUACUCCAGGAGAUUGUGUAUCUUGUGAGUCAGGGGGCAGACCCAGAUGAGAUUGGCCUUAUGAACAUCGAUGAACAGCUUCCUGUCUUAGAGUACCCCCAACCUGGCCUGGAGAUCAUACAGGAGCUGACCUCCCCUCGUCUGAUUAAAAGCCAUCUUCCCUAUCGGUUCCUCCCCACAGCCAUGCACAACGGAGAGGCCAAGGUGAUCUACAUGGCUCGUAACCCUAAGGACCUGGUGGUGUCCUACUACCAGUUCCACCGCAGCCUCAGGACCAUGAGCUACCGGGGAACCUUCCAGGAGUUCUGCCGCCGCUUCAUGCAUGACAAGCUGGGAUACGGUUCCUGGUUUGAACACGUUCAGGAAUUUUGGGAACAUCGCAUGGACUCCAAUGUCCUCUUCUUAAAGUAUGAAGACAUGUACAAGGAUCUGGGCACACUGGUGCAACAGUUAGCUCAGUUCCUUGGUGUUUCCUGUGACAAGGCUCAGCUGGAGGGCAUGGUGGAGAGCUGCAACCAGCUCAUCGAGCAGUGCAGCAACACCGAGGCACUGUCCAUCUGCAGGGGUCGUGCCGGACUGUGGAAGGAUGUCUUCACAGUGUCCAUGAAUGAGAUGUUCGACACGGUGUACAGACAGAAGAUGGGAAAGUCCGACCUGACCUUUGACUUCUGCCUGUGAGCAGCACCUGACCCUCCCCCCACUGAUCUCCUCCAGUGCAAUCGACCAAACCCACGAUCCUAUAUCUCCGUAGAGUGUGAGAUUUAAGGGUACAGUCUGACAGCAGGAUUACAUUACAAGACUUUUCCCUUAAUGCAAUCUGUCUCAAGUGAGCAAGUCUCCAACAACAACAAAAAAAAUCACACCCUUGUGGACCGGUCAAUAGUUAAACCAAACCUCCCUCAACCCCUACCUCCUAUAUGUACAUAUUAACCAGGGUUCGACCGAUAUAGGUGUUUGAAGGCAGAUGCCAGUACUUUCAACCUGAAGUAUUGGUCAACAUUAAUAUUUAAAUUGUCCAACAGAGUUCCUAACAGGGAUUCGAGCUACAUGCAGAUAUUUGUGGCUGAAUCACAUGGAAACGCCAAUAGGUCACUUCCUGCCAUUCAAUGUUCUCAUGUAGUGGUAGUCUCGCUGUGAUGGUAGUCUCGCUGUGAUGGUAGUCUGUUUUUCACCAGUUCAUAAAGAACUGGGUAUGCCAGAAAACAGUUACUGGGAUUUUGUUCCCCCUACAUAUAAAAGGCAAAAGCAUUCAAAGGCGGGAAAAAGAGACAGGUUUCAUAGGGUUGAGAUAUGAAGGGGAUAAAGACAUCAAUUAGUCUGUGAGAACACCAGCAUGUAGGCAGAAACCAAUCGGCUUCUUGGGCGGACCAGAAGGACAACAUCACAUAUUUUGCGUCAAGCGCUAAGGCUCUGCUAAUCGUUGUGGCACUACGUUGUGCAACUCUUCAUUUUUUUUAAAUAGAAGGAAAUAUGCGCCCGCUGCACGCAGGGCUAUGACUCCAACUAUAUAUUAAAGAAAAUAAUUAGAAUUAUAAAGUACAAUGAGGAAUUAAUUUAAAUGGCAAUAUUUUCAAAUGCUUUGAAAGCAGUGGAUCAACAUUCCAGAUUUCCAGAAUACUGAAACAAACCACUCGUGAGCAUGAACACCUGUGCCAUCAGUGGAGGGCUUUAUGCUGCCCUAGUUCACCCUCUGGCGACAACGACAAUAGAGGUCUAACUGCCUGUUGGAGAACGUACAUCAUGCGGACUAGUCAUUUGCAGUGCUGAUCAGCCAUAAAUAUCUACAGGUAGCUUCAGGGAUUCUCUCCGAUGUGUCUGGUUGUCAGGUGGAUAAACCCUCUGAAACAUUUACAUCGUCUGGAGACAGUGAACCCCUCCAAAUGCUAAUGAAACCGUUUUACUAGAGCCGAGUAGCUCUGUAGGUCAGGCCACACAUACACACUUAUUCAUUGGAGAGGAAACCAGAAUACAAUACUGCAAACUAACUUCCCUAGGCAACACCCUGCUGAAUAGGACCAGUCUAAGGUCACCAGCUACAGAUAUGGUGGACACAUAAUGACUUCAGAACAAGAAUUUAAGGUUUUACAGACAACUCUUUAAUCUGUUGAUGCCACAUAUCGGUCUAACCCUGAAACUGUGUGUGCAUUAGCAGUUUUCUUGAUGCAAAAGUUGCUAAAGUCAGGUAUAAGAAUGGAAGCUAACUGUAAGAAAUGAAGCCAAACAUAUAAAGAAGAAGCCUAUCACGCCUAACAAUCGGUCCAGCAGCUCAGCGUCACACAGCUGGGAGACUUUUGUGUUAGAUGAUCAUUGUUUUUCUCCUCAAAGUGCUGCAGGGUUUUCAGCAUCGUGUGUAUGGAUGUUUGCGAGUGUGUGUUUGAGAAACAGAGAGAGAAAGGGAAACAGAGAUAGAUCAGUUACGCUCAGCUACUUAUUGAUUUAGACGUUAAAUUCAAGGAGUCGUCUGAUCUUUUAUGUCAUUGGCGCCUCUCAGUGGUUGUUCAAUCAAAAAUACAAUGGUAGGAUAUCCCAGUGAAAGGCUGAAAGCAAGACAGAAAUCACAAAUGGCAAUAGAAUUUUCUCCCCCCGCAAAAAAGUAUGAGUAAUAAGAUGGCUUGAUCGAGUUACAUACAAGUUAUACAAUUAAUGUCUUUAAGGAGUGGAACACUUUACUCUUCAAUACUUUGCUGGGAAUUUACACUGGCCUUUUGGGUACAAACAUGAUUAUUUUCAAAUGCAAACUGUUGCACGUUUUUUCCUUAAGAUCAUGGACAGUGGUUCAAAUGAGCAGUUGCUGCUUGGUUGUAGAUUCAGCUGUGCCAAACACAGAAUAACAUAUCCAGCUUAUGUCUCCAAGGAAUAAAAGACAGAUUUUACCCACUCGUCUUAAUAUUUAAGGUCCGUGUGGAUGGAUUUUAAAAGGGGCUUUGAAAUGAUCUGUUUCUUUUAAAUACAUGAACAAAGAAGUAAAGGAAAGGAAAGCCUGCGAAGGAACGGUAGAAAGCUGAUAGCUUAAGCAAACAUGUCUUCUAAAAACUCAAGGCACAUAAUAGGAUUGUGUUCAAUAAAGAGUACUCGGAGAGCGCAGACCUCCAGCAAGUUCGUUUCGGCACCGUGAUUCGGAUCUAUUCAUGAAAAUGUAAUCUGAAUUGUUCCCUACUGACACACAGACAAACAAACCAACAAUAGUAAACAUAACCUCCUUGGCUGAGGUGAGACUAUUUUAAUAUACCUUGGUUUACACUUAGCCACAUAUUCGCACCUCUGUAAGACGACCUGUCACUUAUAUGGGGAGUUACACUGGGGAAGAAUAAAGAGUAUGUAUAUCCUAUAAAGAUGGAUGAGUUCACACCUAUUAAACAUCUCAAAAGACCUCACAAGGAAGCCUGGCAAUUUGAUGUCAUGUUUUGGGUAUCAGAGGAUGCACCCAACACUCAUUAAGUAAAUAACUGUUAUUGUUUAUUUGCGGAUGCGGAAAGUUUGGUAAUCGGAUCAUCCUAUUCUUGUGUGAACCAUGCUACAUACUGUACCCCACUGAGGGGUUGAAUAGUGUCCUCUUUCUCGGUUUUCUCAGAAAUGUCCGGUUUUGGUUGCAAGAGAGGAGAGCAGAGUGUUCAUAACCAGCAUUACAUUUUGGUUUUAGUAAAACUCAACAGCAUCAAUGUCAGACUCUUUAACCCGAGGCAUCACUUACAACCAGUCCAGCUCCUGCUCCCCAGUCCCUGCGCUCUACCGGACACUUGUGAAUGUCUUUAUUGUGUUGGUGUAAACGACAACCUCCGCACAAACUCGUCACGCCACUGCUCAUUCUUUCCUUUCAUUGUUCUUCCUUCUUCUCUGUCACUCUGUUUACAGCCGUUGGCAAGGCUUCAGCUGCCCAUCUCCACUUUAUUGGUUUGUUUGGGUUUUUAUACAUGCCUUUCUCUGUUUCCUGGGCGUUGUAUUGUACAUGCUUUGCUUGCUGGUUUAUUAAUAAA